AUGUCAACAGAGGUAGAUGUACACGGAGACAGCAGGGGGGCGGAAGUCCUCGAGGACGAGGUGGAGAACGCCGCGGAGCAGAGCCAGGCGGUGGAAGAGGGGCAGAAAGACGAGCUAGAGAAGUUUAUCCAGAAUAUCAAGCUGAAACAGACGGGAGCGAAGGCCGUGGAUUCACCUGCGGGCCAAAUCCCGGCGGUUGGUGGCGCACUGAGCAGCGCAGGGCCGCUGACAGCGGCGCCAGCGGUUUUCACGGUGGACUACAAGCCGCAGUCGACGUGUAAGCAGCACGUGUACUCUGUCAACGAAUUGCUCAAGUUGCAGAAUAAGGGGACGCCCUUGGCGGCGGAUAUUCUCGCCUCGUUACCCAAGAAAAGCUUCUGGAGGCUUACUGGACGCGGGCACCAUGAGGGACGCAAUAGCCAUGGAGGCAACAACAAAGAAGGGGCACCACAUGAUAAAAAAAGCUCGAGACAUCGGAACUCCCGUAAUGGUGCUAGGAGGAACAACCAGCACAAUAACGUAAGAAACAACACUCACGAUCUGUCCAAGGAGGUCAGCCGCGAUGAGCUGCUGGCAAUGGAGGAGGAGCUGCAGCCCACGGGGAACUCGAUGGCAGACUUUGAGAAGUGGCGUGCGCAGGUAAAGGUACUGGAGCGUAAAAAGAAGGGCCUUUUGCCGAUUGAGAAUAAACCCGAGGAUAAGACAAAACCAUCUAGUUCGCUUUCCGAAUUUUUCAACUUCAAGAGGGAAGGCGUACCGGCAGCUCCGUUGGAAGAGCUCGAGCCGUCUGAGUCCAGGUUUGCGACACCAAAGGGGUCAUCUUCCAGAUUCUCUUCAUUUUUCAGCAACGCGUCAAUGUCAUCCAAUAACGGCGCACAGGAAGCCAAUAAGGCAGUUCCAGCCGCUCCAGCGCCGGAAGCUACUCAGCAGACGGGGGGAUUUAGGCUAAUGUCACUGUUCAAUAAAGAGGAGAAGUCUCCAGGUUCUUCAUCGCAACCACCAGCGACCCCUGCCACAGGAACGCCGACUACCCAGGAGGCAGGCACAUCCCAACAGCCUUUCGUUAUCCAUUCAAACAAGCUUACUGAUCAGUCCAACCAAUUUCUACAGAGUCUCAUGACUAAAGGCAAGUCGACCACCAUUCGCCAAGAGCCUACUGGUCAAUCCGGAUCUCCGCACUCAAAUCCUCAACAACAAUAUUUAGAGAAAAUGUCUACUUCUGGGAAGCAGCAGGCCAAUGCUCCCCCAGGAUUAUCGAAAAACUCAAACUCACCUCCUACAGUAACAGCGGUGCCUCCACCUGGCUUCCCAAUGCAUUUUGCGCACCCUCAUAUGAUCCCUCCCAUUAAUAACCAAAUAGCGAUGCCACCUCCUGCUUUUCAGAAUUUUGCGAUCGCCCCACCCCCAGGUGUCUUCACAAACGCUGGCAUGAAUGCCGAUCAAGGCCAACCAUCCCUCUCGCAAAUGCAGCAACCACCACACCAGCAAUCUCAACAGCAGCAACAGCCCCAUCCUCACUCACACGCAUCUCAACAAUCUCAGCCAUCUCAAUCAUCACAGCAGAUUUCUCAACAACCGCAACAGCAGGCACAACACAGGAAUGUAAUCCCUAGCAAGAGGCCACAACAAGGAGCACUUCCACAAUUUAUCAACGGCCCAGGUAAUAUGAUGCCCAUGCAACCCAUGCAAGGAGGUCAGAAUCAGUUUUCAAGACAGCCUCCUGCGGGAUUUGCUCCAUAUGGUCAGAAGAUAAUACCACAACCUCAUGGAGGGUUUCCUCCGUAUGGACAGGCUAUGAUGCCACAGCCACCGGCUAAUUUCAUACCUUACGGACAAAAAAUGUCUCAAACACCUAUGCCAGGUUUCAACCCCUACGGCCAACCAAUUGCACCACAACUGCCUCAGCAGAAGAAGUGA